AUGUAUGCGGAAGAUAUUGUUUCCACGGUGCUAUUCGAGCUGGAGGUUCUGCUAUAUUCCAUACCUCCACAAGCCCCUUUUCACUUCACUACCAAUGUGUGGCACGGGAGGUUGCUGUUAAUCGAGCAGGAAUUGAUCACUGGGGAUAAUGACGACGCUGCACCAGCCACACAAAGAAAUGCGUAUGAUGGACUCCGUGCUAAGGUGGAAUUACACAACUCGGUAGUUUCAGAUGAAGGCAAUCCUGUGAAACAACUCUUCGGCGAAAUUUGGUACAAUCCAUCCGGAAAGUAUAAGGUAGCCAACGAUGGAGGAGAAACCAUUGAAGCUCUUGGACUGCGCGACUUCAAAUGCUUAGUACAGUUACCCUAUACAGGGUACCACUUCGGACUGCUUGAUUCAGAUGACCCUGAUAUUAUCAAAGACAAUGCUGAUGAACCUAAAGUGGUACAAGUUGCUUUAGGUGUCCGUUUCCAUUCGAUGGAUGCUGCCCUGAGUUUCAGUGAGUGGAUACUGAUAUACCGUCGUCGCUUCAACAACUAUCAGGAGCAGCUCAACUUUGACCAACUGCUAGAAGAAAUGAAUGACGAGUUUGGUGAAUUCAUGUCUUUUGAAAGUUGA